CCACUAACACCCAGGUACCCGUUUUACUGAUGGGGAACAUAGACAACAGGUGGAAAGAAACACGUCCAAUGUUUCUACUCUGGCUGGGAAUCGAACCCAGACCCUCGCCGUGUGAAGCGAGAGCGUUAACCACCAGGCCACCAGAGCCAUUAAUGUAAACAGAUUACUAUAAAGCACAAGAGGUUGGUGAAGGAAGCAUCCACCCAACAUUAAAAAUGUUGAAUCCUGAAGUAGUGAAGUUCCCGGCACCUAAGAGCCAAGUGUCAUACAGUCAACACAUCUGGGAUGAUGUACACAAUGACCAUUCAUGGCAUAAAGUCGUUGAUGACCAUCCAUUUAAUACCAAAGUGUCACUACUUCUCCCAGACACUCCAAACUUGCCUCAGCUUAUAAGUGAUGCAGUUACUCAAGAUACUCAGUUCUACUUAGUAAAGAACUUACCGCUGUUGGAGUUAUGCACAUCAACAUUUCUCCAGGCAUUUGUGAAAACAGGUCAGUUAUAUGCAGUUAGCUGUGAUACUCGUUUGGAUGUAGACAACACUGCAGCUUUAACGCCAGAUGGACUGCUUCAUCUGUUGCUCAACAAAUUCACCUACGAGGAAUUACGACUGAAUGGUUCUUUGUCAGCGCACAUACUUCGAAAACCAAGAGAAAAAUUUGUUGUUGAAGUGAAUAUGAAGGUGCCAUAUUUCAAGCCUGGAAAAGCAUUCUACUCCAAGGUUAUGACAGCCUUUACAGAAGUUCAACUUAGAUUUAACUUCUGGUUAACCUGGAUUCCAGAUGAUACAGACAUUUGUCCUUCUUCUGUAGCCAAAUAUUUCUAUGACCUUGGCUACAGUAUUGAAGAGCUGCAUUCAUCCUUGAGUCAGAGUAUCAUGACUGAAGCUGUUAUGCCAUCACUUUGUAAAGAUGGAGAAGCAGCAGCACCUGAAGAUGUCUUGGAAUGGCUUGGAUGUCAGACACUUGGUGUAAAACUGGAAGCUGAAGGUACAAGAGUAUGCGAGAUUGUUACUCCAAAGCCGAAUAUUCUUGUCAACAACCUGUGUACACUGCACUGCACUGGAUUUUUUACACCAGUUCAACUGCAGUUCUUGCUUCGCCAACUCAGGAUGUGGUUAAAUCAAAAAAGUAUUUCAGCUGUGCCUUGGAUCAGUAUGACAGUGUAUGGACACCCAGAUUCACCUAUUACUUGGGGUAACCAAGAACAUGUCUAUUGUACAAAUGGCGACAACUUUUAUACACUAGUUAUUCUAAGAGACAAGCUAAGAAUUUAUAAAAUUUCAGGUUCAAGAAAACCACAAAGAUUGUAUGUGAAAUCUAAUAAAAAUAAAUGAUGUAAAUUUUCUUUC